AAUUAUUAAAACAUUUAUUCAAUUUGAUACGAAUUUCACGGAGGAUAAAAGCCCAAUCUAUUAAUAUUACUAUUUUAAUACUACUAUUAAUAUCAGCAUGGAACGAUUAAACUGAAUUCAAUCAAUCUAUUUGUGCAUUUAGCAGGCCCUUGCGCAGUACGGGUAACACCUGCUUGUUACAAAUACACACAGCAUAGCAACUCUACUCAUAUGAACAAUUUGAUAAAACAUUUAAGAAUUAUCUUUGUAUCUUGAACAAAAUAUUCAUUCAUACAGCCUUUGUAGAUCCUUUUGGUUUUUCAUGUAUUAUUUAAAUUUUAUAAUUAUUAAAAAAAUUGAACUGUAUUGUGUUUCAACUCCUUGGUUUAGAUCCAUCAUUGCAUCCACCCUAAUGGCUUUAUAAUACGGUGAAUACCUUCCUUGUUUUUUUUAGACAAAAAGAGCUUCUGUUUGGAGGUCCAGUAACGUGUAAUCUGUGUGAAAUUGAGUUUUCAGAAAUGUCUCAAUUUGAUUGUCACAUGGAUCAAUUUCACAACCUAGUCCACUUCCAAAUGCAACACAACAAACGUUCAAUAGAUGCUAUACACGUAGUAUGUUCAACUUGUGGUCUCGUUUUCCGUAGUCAAGCAGACUACAACGAGCAUAAGCAGCGCAUAAGGUAUGCUUGCAAAAUGUGUGAACAAGUCUUGUCAUCAAAUUGUGAAAUAAAAACGCACGACUGUCGAAGAGAGCUUCUGAAUUUCAUAUCGGAUGAAAUGGAGAAUAUGCACGAUCUUUCUGAUGAUGAUACGUUCAGAAUUAUUGACUAUGAAAAAGACAAAUCCAAAGAAAAUCACAGAAAUCAGUUUGGUUCCCGGAUAGAUUUUGAAUGUGAAAUUUGUGGAAGGCAAUUUCUACAGCGCUUAAACCUAGUGAAGCACCUGGCACGUCACGAGAAGGAGAAGGGAGCGGGUGAGUUUGGCUGCGACACGUGCGGGGAGACGUUCCACAAGCAGCGACUGCUUGAUCGCCACCGUGAGCGCGCGCACAAGCACAACUCGGCCUGGAUCUGCGGCUACUGCGGCAAGCACACCACCACCAAGAUCAGCCUCACAAUCCAUGAGCGCAUACACACUGGAGUCAAGCCCUUCAUCUGCGAGUGGUGCGGCAAAACAUUCAGAUCGAAGCCGAACCUGAAACAGCACCAGGCGCGGCACACGGGCGAGCGCAGGCACGCAUGUCCGAUGUGCGGCAAGCUGUUCUCGAGGCGCGCAUUCGUCAAGACACACCUGCGCGUGCACACCGGAGAGCGACCCUACGCCUGCGACAUCUGCCAGCACCGGUUCACGCAGGUUGGUGACAUGCGCAGGCAUCGACGCAGGCAUGACGUCAUUGACCCCACCCCUGGUCCCUCCACCCCGUCCGCCCCCGACAUCGAAAUCACCGACAGCCAACUGUGUCAGCUGGCCGAGAUCAUCCCCAUCAUCAUCCAGAACGACACAUGACUAGCUGCCAACAACUGGGACGACUCCAACAACACUGUGCUCCAACUGGAACAAGUGUUGCACACAUAAUUCAAUACAAAAUUGUACAUUGUCGGUCACAUCAACCUACAUCAAAAAUCCUCAUUCAGCAGCUUAAUUUUUAAUCGAUAUAUAUAAGCGAAAUGGCACUCAUUCAUUCAUAAUCAACACAACUAAACAUCUACUACGUUCAAAUACGUUCAAAUUUGGCAUGUAUGUUCAUUUGGCCUUCUAUACGCGCACUAAGAACGGGUUUGAACAAAUUUCCAAGGAUCGCCUGAAAUCUGCGUUUUUCAGCGUUUUCUCAGCUUUUUCAAGAACUACUUGGCAACAAUUUUCAAACUUGGUACACAGGCUCAGCUAAGGUAUAAAAUUGUGUGUUAGAGAAGAGCUCCGCCUAAAGUUAAGACGCCUAAGUUCCUUCCAAGAUCGGCGGUUUUUGAGCGUUUUUCCUGCGUUUUCUAUGCCAUCUCAAGAACUAAUUGACAGUUCAUGUUCAAAUUCCGUACAGAAAUUCAGCAUGGUUCUAGAAAUCUAGUGGACUCAGAUUUACGCCAAAGAUACGCCCAAGAUAAACGGUUCUACUGCGUUUUCCCAGCGCUCCCUAGCGUUUUUCUGCGUUUUCUUACAUUUUACAAGAACUAAUUGCGAGAAAAUGUUCAAAUUUGGUACAAGGCUCAGCUGAGGUAUAAAAAUGUUGUAUUGAGAGGACUUCAAAAUCAUGCCAAAGAUAUGAGCGAUUUCAUAGCGUUUUCCAAGCGCUCACUAGCGUUUUCCAAAGGAUUUCUUUUCUCAAGUUUUUCAUUGAGUUUUCAAUGCAUUUUUCUACAUUUCUCAAGCAAAUUCAUACUUGAGAGGGUUAAAUGUGGACGUUUGUUAAGUUUCCCGUAUCAUUCCUGUUUCAAAUUUCAAAGAACUAUUAGGCUGACAUACAAUAAUUAUCAGAAACUACAUAAUUCAAAGAUAACUGGUGAUUGAAUCGAGCCUGAAAGUCUCUUUUGAUGGAGAGAAGAAAGCUCAAAUGAGAAAUGCAGGCGAGCGAAGCGAGAUACCUAUUUCCUACUUCUGGAUGAUCCAGCCGGGGCGGAACCCCCUGGAUAGACGGAUAAGGCGAGCGAAGCGAGCAUAUUUUAGUGAUUACUAACUUCGAUAAAAUCUCAUUCAAGUUUUUUUCUAUCUUCCCAAUAUAGUUUUAGAACUUGAAACAGUAGAUAAAUGGAUAUGAUUGCGAGUAAAAAUGAAAGGUAGGUAACGUAACCUGAAAGCGUAAUCUCCAAAAAAUUACUAAUAAAGUUUUGGAAUAUGACAUUGUAAUAUAUUUUGUUCCAUUGAUGGAAAAAUGAUUAUGUUAUCAUAUAUAUUUAUAGAAAUAUGAUGGAAUUCUCAUUACAAUGGAUUACAUAAUAUUUAAAUAGUUUUUUACUAGUUGCCAACUCCUGUUUCAAGGCUUCCAGUUUUAGCCAAUAAAGCCCCAGCACAGCUUCGUAGAGAAGAGCACCUGAAGAGAGAAUGGGAGAAGUGACGAUGUAUGAUGACAUCCCACUCUUUCCACAAAGUACCCUCAAGUUAAGAAAUCCAUGGAUGAUGUACCCAAAAAUUAUGGAGAUUGGUAGCAUGAAAUAGAGGUGGAGAUCGAAGUGGGUACAAGAUGCACCUACAAAUAACGUCCUAGUUGACGAUCCAACUAAAAGGGUGCAUGGAUUUGAUCUCCAGAGGAAAGAGUGGAGUGCUCUCAAUCGGAUCCGUGUGGGAAAAGGGCGAUGCGCUAAAGAGCAAAAGAGAUGGGGCCUACAGCAGUCAGAUUUGUGUGAGUGUGGCCAAACACAAACUAUGAGCCACAUAACUGCUGAAUGCCCAAUCCAUUCUUUUUAUGGAGAUAUCAGAGAGCUGCAUGAAGCCACAAACAGAGCUUCAGACUGGUUAAAGCAGAAUAGAAUUGUUAUUGACUCUGGAAGAAGAACUGAAUAUUUUUAUUUUUAGACUAGGCCUGAAACUGAUAUUUUGUGUUUUGAAAACGAGGGUCUGUUUUUUGUUAGUGGAAUAAAAGGUUGAUGCUGGCAUCAAACCAUAGGAUUGAAUGAAUUCAUAAAAACUAGAUGAUAAACAAUAACACAUGUCAUAAAAUGUUUGUCUUUUAUUGAUCCAUCUAAGUGUGAUAUUUUGAAAGUUCUUGACUGGGAAGUGGAGUUAACUGAUUAAUACUGUAAAUCGACCACCUAGAUAUAAGUUUUUGAGUGUUUUAGGUAUAAAGUUAGCAAUACAUAGUUGUACAGAUUCAAAUGAUCGAUGGUACAAGUUAUUAAGAAAAUUAGAGUUUACUGUUAACAUCAUUACAUUAGAUGAAUGAAUAUAUUAAUAAACUGAGCAAUACAUUAGAUGAAUGAAUAUAUUAUUAAUAAAUGAAGCAAUAACAUUCUUAGGAUUGGAUCAGAAUUUCCAUUUAAAUAAAAAUUUAAUAAGCUUAUGGAGAUAUCAGCUAAUCUCUGUCUGGUGAAUAUGACUGAUUUUAUUUUAAUUUUGAAGACUUCCUCGUGUUAUGACUUUUUGGAACAAUAAAUUUUUCGUAAUAUA